AUGGGGAUUUAUUCUGCAGCUGAUGAUUUGUCUUGUGUUGUGGCAACCGCAACUUUUGAAUCUAUUGCUUAUUGUUGGGUCUUUGACUUCUUUGUAAUUUUCAUUUUGAAAGGAUACAUAAAGAAUUUCGAGGUUCAUGAUCCACACAGAGUGGGGAGAAUAACUGUUGAAGUGCAAAGCAGGGUAAACGAUUGUCGGGCACUCACUUACAGGCAGGACAUCAAAACAAAGGACAUCGAAAAAUACAAAUCAGUUAAACUUCCAACACGCCAGUGGGGUUAUGUCGUGAUUUCAACUCCAGAUGGUGUUUUGGAUCAUGAAGAAGCCAUUAGAAGGAAUGUUGGUGGGCAGGUUCUGGGUUAUUUUCAUUAGGUUCGUUUAUCUUUCUGAUCACUGUCUGAUGUGAAAUGGAGAAGGGUGGUUCUUUGAGCGCUG